UCCUUCCAUUCGCAGUUGUGUCCAGUACAACGCGAGCUGCGUAUUGUUUGGCUCGUAUUCGUCCUCCCAGAGAUACGGAAGCAUCAUCAUCGUCAGCUGGAAAUUCAUCUAAAUAGUGUUUAUUUUUUUUUGAAAAUUUAAUUGAAUUGAACUUUUUUUGAGUGCUGUUUCCGAAAAACAUAUCAAGAUCUUUGACUCUUACGCUCGGCUCGAACUUUUGUUCGACUAGUCUGUUUUUCUUGAUUUGAUUAUAGUUUUAUUUGGUGCAAGUUCAGCUGAACUUGUCCGCACAGAGGGAUAUCAUGAUGCAUUUUUUCAUGAUUAAUAUCAUCAGUAUUUGUUGCGUCUUGCAAAUUGCUAUCAUUUCAGUCGAGUGCAGCGGUUUCUACUCGGUAAUAGCUCCUGGAACUUUAAGAUCAAAGUCAGAUUACCAUGUGACAGCUUCUCUUCAUGAUGCCCCAUCACCUUGUAAAAUCAAAGUUGGACUUAUUGGACCGGAAUAUUAUGUCUCACAAACUAUUGAAAUUCAACCAAGAUCAUCAAAAUCUAUUAAAUUUGAAGUUCCAAAAAUCAAGGAUGGCUUCUAUAAUUUAUUUGCUGAAGGGAUAUCUGGAAUUGAAUUUAAAAACUCAUCCAGAUUAAAUUAUGCUGCUGAACAUUUGUCGAUUUUUAUUCAAACUGACAAAGAAAUCUAUAAGCCAGGCGAUGAAAUUAAGUAUCGUAUUCUUGUUUUGGACAAAAAUAUGCUUCCGGUUAACAAUAUUAAACAAAUUGAAGUACAAAUUUAUGAUGGAGACCACAAUCGUAUAACACAUUUAUUAAAUUCACUUACACUGAUUAAAAGUGCAGCCAUGAGUCAAUUGCAAUUAUCAAAAAGUCCAGUUUUAGGAACAUGGAGUAUUGAAGUUAAUGUUGAUGAUACAGUUAAAAUAAAAUACUUUAAAGUCGAAAAAUAUGUUCAGCCUAAAUUUGAAGUGCAAAUCGAAGCUCCAUCUAAUGUUGUUAUUUCGGAGGGAAAAAUUGGAGUUACUGUUGGAUCAAAAUAUACUCAUGGAAAACAAGUAAAAGGCAGGGCUAUCAUAUCCGUUAAGCCCUCUUACUAUUAUUACGGUGACGAUCCUGAUCUACCACAUUCCGAAAAAAUCGUUCAAUUCGAUGGAAAAUGUUUCGUUGAGUUUGAUAUUUUAGGUGAUCUACAAAUAACCAAAAGGAAUUAUAUUCCCCAAUUGACAAUUUUGGCAUUAGUCGAAGAAGAUUUGACAGAAUUAAGACACAACGCUACAGCAACUGUAAAUGUACAUCGUGAAAAAUAUCAAAUUGAAAGCAUAAAUCCAGCACCAAAUAAAUAUCAUCCUAGAAAGCCAGUAACAUUCAAUCUUGUUGUGAAGAAUCUAGAUGGCACUGCUGUCAAAGAUACAGAAAAUCCAUUAACUCUGAGUUUCGGACCAACUAAUGAUCGUCCCGAGGAGGAUAUCGAUGCCACACCAACAGCAUCAGCUCCACUUAGUCGAACUACAACUCUGACAACUUAUUUGGAUAGCAAUGGCACAGCCAAUUUUGAGGUUAAUCUAUCUGAUGGUGGUUCACAUCCGUAUUUUGUAAGAGCUAGCUAUUUGGACUCGUCGGCAUAUGUGACAUCUUUGACAAAAGUUCAAAGAACCAAUAAUGAUAAACAUUUGAAAAUAACUGUUCAAACUAAAAAUCCAACUUUGGGUAAGGACAUUUCGAUUAAGGUUGCCAAUGGAAAAUUCAUUCCAUAUUUUGUCUAUACAAUUAUUGGAAGAGGUGAUAUCAUUCAGAGCAAAAUAAUAAAGUUUCAGAAAAAUCGCAAAUAUCAUUUCUUCAAAAUAACACCGACUAUUGAUAUGUUUCCUCGAUUCACGCUUUUCAUUCACUACGUUGUGGGUAGUGAUUUUCAUCAUUCCGAAGAAGUUAUUGAGAUUCAAAAGACUUUUGAAAACUCGAUUUCUAUUGGUGUUCCAAAUCAAGUAAUGCCUGGUGAAGAAAUUAAUAUUACAGUUAAUACUUUACCUGAUUCCUAUGUUGCUCUGCUUGGAAUUGAUGAGAGAGUAUACCAACCAAAAACUGGCAAUGGAUUAAGUAAAGCUGCAAUAUUUCACGAUCUAAAUCGCUAUGAUGCACGAACUCCAUGGUCAUUUGGUUAUGGUCAAUAUCCGGGCAGACAAGCUGGUUUAGUGACUUUAACCAAUGCAAAUUUCCUAUUUUCACGAAAUGUACCAAAUGAUUCGGUUGGCAAUUAUUAUGCAGGAGACACAAGUUUGGAAUCCGAAUUAGAACCACCAGCAAGAAAAGAAGUUCCUGAGACAUGGAUAUGGGAAAAUGAUCAAAACGAAAAUGGAAUGGGAAUGAAUUUUAGACUAAAAGUUCCCGAUGUACUGACUUCAUGGAUUGUCUCUUUGAUAUCGCUUAACUCAAAAACAGGUCUUGCUCUAAUUGAGAAACCCAAAACUAUUAAAGUUUUUAAGCCAUUUGCGGUUAGAUCACAAUUGCCAUAUUCAAUCAAAAAAGAUGAAAUUAUUGCUAUCCCAGUGGAAAUAUCCAACUUAUUUUCCAAUGAUCUCGAUGUUGAAGUGAGAUUGCAAAAUUCUGAAAAUGAAUUCGAUGUCAUCGAUGUAGUGAAUGAAAUAACUGAAGAAGCUAAUUGUACAAAAUACAUUUCAAUUCCAUCGAAUAGCACGAUGACCCUUUCCUUCCUAAUAAGACCAAAUAAAAUUGGAGAUAUUGUAUUGAACAUUACAGCCGAAUGCGCUCUGGCCAACGAUAAGCUCCAACAGAUCCUGAAAGUAGAACCUGAAGGGGUGAGGAUCAACGUGAAUGAAGCAGUACUUAUGUACCUGAAGGAAUACAACGAGAAAAAUGUUAAUUUCAACAUUGAUUUACCCCAAGAUGCUGUUCCCGAUUCGGAAUCAAUUGAACUGUCAGUUGUUGGAGAUACUAUGGGUUUGGUUAUUGAGAAAUUUGAUCAACAAGAAAAUAUGCCCGAUGGAUGUGCCGAAGAGAAUAUGAUGUUCUUCGUCACAAAUGUUCUUAUCAUCAACUAUUUGAAGCAGGUUCAAUCGAGUUUUGGUAAGGAUCACACUGAAAAUCGUCCAUUAAGAAGCUUUGAUCCAGACAUCAUUGAAAAACGAAUAAAGCUUCUUCGUUUGGGCUACCAACGUCAAUUACAAUUCAAACACGAUGACGGUUCGUACAGUGCUUUUGGGAAAACCGAUCCGACUGGCAGUACAUGGCUAACUUCAUACGUUAUAAGAUCAUAUCUUCAAGCUUUACCCUACAUCGAUAUCGAUCCAAAGGUCAUCGAAAACGGUCUUAAGUUUUUGGAUAGAAAGCAAAGCAUGUCGGGAGACUUCCGCGAGGAUGGGAAGCCUACUGAUAACCUGCCUAAAGAUGAUGCUAUUGGUUUGACAAGCUUUGUGCUUUUGGCAUUUUUGGAAAACAAGGAAUAUGCUAAGCAAUAUGAGGAUACAAUUGAAAAGGGUCUGCAAUAUUUGGAGGAGCAGCAUGCGAAUACCAAUGACGGUUACACCAUGGCUCUUAUAACUAAUGCUUUUGCUAAAGCCUUAUGGCUUAAGGAGGUUGAAAAGGUCAUUGGGAGAAUAGUCAAUACAUACGAACUUGCUAGUGAUGAUCUUCAAUGGUGGAAGCGAACCACGGACAUUGGACAUUCAUCGUAUAGACCAAGUUCAGUAGAUGUCGAGAUCACUGGAUAUAUGGUUAAGAUGUUCCUAAUGAAGGGUUCGCCAAAGCUGGUGCUGCCAAAUAUAAGAUGGCUUCUAUCCCAACAAACUGAAGAUGGUAGAUUUUCCUCAACUCAGGGUACUGUUGUUGCUCUCGAAGCAAUGUUUAAGUAUUCUCAAAUGUCCGCCGAAAAUGAAGGCACAAUUGAUGUCGAUUAUUCCGAUGGAAAUGAUGUGACUGGGACGGUGAAAGUUAAGGUUAAUCAGUCUGAAUUCGCAUUGAAGAUUGAAAAGCAAGUGCUUCCCAAGGCGAUAGAACAAUUGCAGGUUAUUGCUAGAGGCAACGGUUCGUCAGUGGCUCAACUAUCUUACCGCUAUAAUCUGGCGAGGCCAAGUCCCAAACCUUGGUUCAACAUUACCGCAGUUAUCAAAGACUCCCUCAAAGACCAACUGGCAUUAGAUGCAUGUGUAAACUUCAUUCCCAGACAUGGUCUAAGGGAAUCCAAUAUGGCAGUAAUGGAAGUGUCAUUGCCAUCGGGCUAUAUUGCUGACACUGACAGUUUUGAUCACAUUAGAGAUGUCCAAGGUGUUCAGCGAGUUUCAUCAAAGAAAUCCGAAAGUGUUGUAGUUGUCUACUUUUACAAUCUCAAUACCAAGCAACAUUGUGUACCAAUAAAUGCAGUCAAAUCGCAUGCAGUGGCAAAUCUCAAGCCUGCUCCUAUUGAGGUUUAUGAUUUCUAUGACAACAACAAAAGUGCCUUACAGUUCUAUGAAGUCAAGUCCUUACUGUGCGAUCUUUGUCAAGGUUCGGAUUGUGGAGAGAAUUGUCUUCUAAAGAAAAAAUAAUUUGAUUUGUGUUUUCUGUAAGGAAGUUACCAAUUUUUUUUAUGAUUUAUAAUUAUUUUGUAUGAUUCCAAGAUACUCAUAAAAAAAAAUAAAAAUGUAUGAUUUUGAAGAAUUA